AUGGCGUUAUUAUUUGGGUCUAAUUCGACAAGAGUAAAGUAUGCAGAUUAUUCUUAUAUUUAUUGGAGUAAUCCAAGAGUUGAAGCUUACUGUAAGAAACUAACAAAUAGUAACAAAAAUAGUUUUAAUGGUGUAGAUUUAACUUUGAAGAUCUUACCUCUAAGUUAUCACAUGGAUUACCCAUUCUCAUUUCCAAUGCAACAAAGUGGUACUGGUGCAAAUCAAUCAGCUCAAUUCAAUAUUGCAGGUGGUGGAGUAACUAUCGAUAAAAUUUAUUAUAGUAUCUUGUAA